AUGGCUGCCGCAAACCUAACAUCAACAUGCUCGCGAUCUCCCUCAGCACUAGCGCGCUACCCGCUGCUCGUCGCGCGCCCUCUCUCCCUCCUCCCUUUCGUCGCGCGCGGCCCAUACUGCCGUCGCGCGCGUCAUUCUUCCCGCUUCUGCCUGCCCCUCGUCCCUCACCCGCGCGUCCCUUCGCUCCCCUCGUCGCGCGCUACUACUGCGCCGCUGUCGCGUGCCUCCUCCCCCCCCCAUGCGCGCCUUUCUGCAUUCUGCUAUUCACCAUCACCAUUCCCUUUUACGAAAUUCGUCUCUUCACUCCCCUCAUCCUCCUCUCUCUCCCUUCAUUCCCUCUACAACCUUCCUCUUUCCUCCGCCUCCUAUCUCACCUCAGCUGCAGCAGCUGGCUGCUGCUUUCGCCUGGUGGCUGUGCCUCUCUCCACUCCUCUCCCCUCUAUCAAGACCCUUCGCCAUACAAUCUGCCCCUUCACCCUCCUCCUCCUCUCCUCUCUCCCUACUUUCCCCUCCCCAUCUUGCUCUCUCCUCCGCCUCUCUCCUCUCUCCCUCUGCCGCAGUUGGUUGCUGACCUUGUCUCGUUGUCGUGCUCCUUCUCACACUUUCCCUCCGCCUCUUAUUUCUCCCCUCAGCGGCGCAGCAGCAGACAACUCCGCCCUUAUUCCUCCGCCUCUUAUUUCUCCCCUCAGCGGCGCAGCAGCAGACUACUCCGCCCUUAUUCCUCCGCCUCUUAUUUCUCCCCUCAGCGGCGCAGCAGCAGACUACUCCGCCCUUAUUCCUCCGCCUCUUAUUUCUCCCCUCAGUGGCGCAGCAGCAGACUACUCCGCCCAUAUUCCUCCGCCUCUUAUUUCUCCCCUCAGCGGCGCAGCAGCAGACUGCCCCGCCCAUAUUCCUCCGCCUCUUAUGUCUUCCCUCAGCGGCGCAACAGCAGACUACACCGCCUUGUUCCUCCGCCUCUUAUUUCUCCCCUCAGCAGCGUAA